CUGAAGAGUUCUUCAAGAGAGGCACAUCGAGAAAAAGGAGAGUUCUUUUCUAUUAUUGAAUAUAUAUAUAUGUGUGUGUAUGUAUACGUCUCUGUCGCCUAGUUGAAGUCUAUUCAUGUUGAGGUGUUGAAUAUUGCUGGCACUAACACAAUGCCAAUGACAGAUUUUCUGUAUGACACUGGAGUUAACAGUUACGCCAACGUCUGCUGCAGAUCAUAAUUAAUGAGUGACCAAGGAACGUGAGUGAUCCGAAGCGGGGAUUGACCAUUGGAUAGAGACCGAGUGACCACACAGAAAUAGCCAUGAGUUUGAUGUACGCCAAGGUGGUCAACAUCAUCAACAAACCGCCAGAGGACAGACAGGAUGGCGAGAUUGAACAACUGUUGCCCUGGUUCAGGAAAAAGUCGGACCUGUUCAAGUCUCUACACACAGACAUUGUGAAAGACAUCAUCAAAAACUGUAAGUUCAUGCCAACGAAGCGAGACAACGUCAUCAUCCGACAAAUGGACAAAGGCGAUUGCUUCUACAUCAUCCUGAGUGGCAGCGUUUCUAUUUUCAUCAACACCACACUGACAGAGGAGGAGUACCCCGCCAUCAAGGAUGCACAGCUCGCUGAGGAGGCCCUGGUGGAGAAAGAAGCGAAACUAGGUCGCCCUUUGGACAGGAACAAAUACGGCAUAUAUAUUGGGAAGAUAGAUAAUGGGAAAAGUUUUGGUGAGUUGGCUCUUAUAAACGCUGACUGUGUUAGGAAUGCCACAAUCAUUGCUGACGAGCCGACAGACCUUCUCUCUGUUGAUCGAGAUCUCUACAACAGGUCACUGCGAGCGUUCCAGGCGCAUGAGUUCGAGCAGAGGAAAGACUUUGUCAGCUCCUUCCCGAUGUUCAAUUCCUGGGCGACACGCUACAAAAAGAUGAUGGCCAUGAGCUUGAAGAAGCAAGUCUUGCAGUUCGAGGACACCAUUGUGAAGCAAGGCAACUCCGUGGAUGGCAUUCACUUCAUUAUCAAAGGUCAAGUCAAGAUCCGAGUUGACCCCAACCAACAUCCCAACCAGUAUCAACAUCUUUAUCCUCUGGGAGAUAUCGCUGACCUUGAGAAAGAGAAGGCCAGGGAGUUGUUGAGAAAAGAGAUGAAUCUUGAACGUCAGAGAAUUGCAGACAAGAAGUCCACUUAUCAAAGAAGGGCGUUGCCAACUACAGACUACAAGAGAAAUUCACAGAAACCGCUGGAGCUUUGUUUAGCUGGAGCUAUUGAUGUUAUUGGUGAUCUUGAGAUGGCCAUGGGCCUGACCACUUACUCACAGACAGUUGAAUGCACAGAAGAAUCCAUCAUAUUUCACUUGGACCAGAGAAACUACGAUCGUCUGAUUGAGAAAAGGAAUCCUGGUGCUCUUGAGAUGCUGAGGGACAUUGUCCACACAAAGCUGACCCUCCAUUUCUCUCGUCUGAACGAAGACUCCAUACCACUUUACAGGUAUUUCUUGUACACACUGGACGAGAAGGAGAAAGACGCCCGCCUCAAUGCCAGGACGCCUCGGACGAAGACGCCUCAGGAGAUGGAAGUCAACGUUGACAACCUCCAGAAGGGGCCCCUGGUCAACAUGUACGGUCCCGGAAGCGUCUUUUACCUCAUCCGCAAGCGGGCAAAGGAAAUGAGGGCAAGGCAGAGGAGGCGUCAAAACAAUCACAACCAGGCGUCCAGGUUCGGAGCUCAGGUGAAACCCCCUGGAGGGGGCAAAGGCAUGCUCGGUAGCCCAGUGUACACAAACAACGUCUUCGGAGGGGCGGGGAAUGACGAGGUCUACGAAAAUGAGCCCGUCCCUGGCUCCGCCACUGCCUCUAUGAUUAACUUGUAUGGCGCCGUGGAUGGCAGAUUAGUUGAGAGCCUGGAGAGACAGGAUUCUAUGAAUGGAGGUGACCCAAAUGACGAGGACACUGAGCUUGAAGACUGGGCCAGCAGUGACACGGCACUGUCCAAACUAGAAGAGAGGAUUACACGCUGGCACAAUAGUCUUCCCAUCAUUCAAAAGGGCACGUGUGUCAUACCAUUACACCGGUAUCAGUUUGAGGAAGAAAAUCGACCGAAACCUGGCAAUAAGGUCUAUGUAAAACUGAGGUCCAAGCCCAAAAAUAUUUCCUUUUUAACAUUCGGCAACGACAACACAGACCUAUCCAACGACUAUCUCAGAACAAAUAGUUCCAAUGCCAAAGCGUUUAUGGCCAGCUUCCCUCAUGUAGACAAUGAUGUCAUGUCAGACACUGCAGAACAUCUAGUUUUACAUCGACCUAACAGCACCAGAAGUGAGCCUUCAGAAUCAGGACUAUUUAAACAGAAGAAGCGCAAACAAUACACGGCGGAGGAAUACCAAGCACUCAAAGCAGAACUACGGAGGAAACAGAAGUCCUGGCUGCCUCUCAUGCCCAACAGAGCUGCCACGGUGCUCUGAAACCUUUCUGGGUCUCACCUCUUUAAAAAGACUUCAUUUUUAAAUAUAUUUAAUGACAACUUCACCACAUUAUAAAUAGCUUCUUAUGCUUUAUUGCGUUAUUUUUAUUUCGUGUCAUUUCUAUUCCAGUAAGCUUGAAAUUAUAAAUGAAACUCGACUUUUUCAAAUACUCACAUCAUUGACGAGACAUUCUCUAUCUCUUUGGAAUGCCAGAAGUAUCUGUAUAAUAAUUUGUUUAUUGAUUUAAGUAAAGAAACAGCGUUGUGUAUUUGCCUAUGCAUGUUUUUGUUUCAAUAUAUUAAGUAUCAUAAACCAGAUUUGUAAAAUAUUAAGAUAUUUAUUUGCCUUAAAGAUGAAAAUAAAAUGUCAAUAUUUACAUCA